CUCCCUCCCUCCCCUUCGACUACCACUGUGCCAUCCCUCGCUCGCGCGCUCCCUCGCGGUGGUGGAGCCGUGCGCAGUCGGCAGCGAACGUACCAACGCGAACGUCGCGCCGAGGCUCCUGCUAAACCGGGGCUCACUUUCCACCCGGGAUAAAUUCCGCAGGGAGAGAACUUCUGCGCGCUGCACCGACUGCGACGAUGGCCGGGCAGCUGCUGGUGAACACGUGCGUGGCGCUUCUCGUCGUCUCGCUCGCAGGAGUGAGCUGUGAUGAGAUGGUCCUGGCGCUGCUGGGGGAGACGGUGCAGAUGAUCUGCGACUCCCCGCGGGGAACGCAGCCCAAGCUGCGCGAUGGGGCCGCCGAGUGGUUUGUGGAGCGGGCAGGCAGGCGCUCGGCAGUGUUCACGCGCGACGAGGGCACGGGGCAGCUGUGGCCGGCGCCGGCAUUCGAGGGCCGCGUGGAGCUGGGCGGCGACACGGCCCUGACGCUGCAGGGCGUGCUGCUGCAGGACCGGGCGACCUUCGUAUGCGUCACGCACGACGGCGAGCUGAAGACGAAGCUCGAGGUCUACGCGUUCCCGGAGAAGCUGGUGAUCACCAGGAGUCCCUCCUCCGUUGUUCUCGGCUUGGGCAAGCAGCUGAUCGGCACGUGCAUCUCGAGCGGCGGCUACCCCGAGGCCAACCUGACGUGGUACAAGAACAGCCAGGCCCUGCUCAACAAGUCUCCGCAGAACGUGCGCGUGGAUAAGCACGUGGUGCGCGAGUCGAGCGGCGUCUUCUCGGUGACAGCGCACCUCUUCUACAAUCCCACGAUGGAGGACAAGCAGGCGUCGUUCCACUGCGAGGUCCAGUACAGCCAGCCGGGGGGGCAGCUCGGCCGCAUGAAGUCUGACGACAUCCAGAUACUGCUCACCUACCCGUCGGAGCACGUCAACCUGACCGUCGAGUCGCCUCUCACGCCCAUCAAACAGGGCGACAAGGUCACCCUCAAGUGCUCCGUGGACGGCACCUCGGAGCCCGAGUUCACCUUCCAGAGGGUUCAGAAGAACGGCAGCGUGGAGGACCUGCACAUCGGCGCCGAGUCCACGUUCACCCUGAGCGGCGUCGCGCGCGACCACAGCGGCCUCUACCGCUGCACCACGUUCGACUUCGACCAGCCGCUGGCCGAAAUGCUGACGGCCGACACCUACGUCGAGGUCAACUGGAUCGAGGACGUGACGGUGACCCCGGCGGGGAACCACACGGUCGCCGCGGGGACCUCGCUGGCCGUGGAGUGCGGCGGCCGCUCCGAGAAACCGCUCUCCAUCUCGUGGAGCAAGGACGGGAAGCGCCUCGCCCAGGGCGGCCAGCUGCAGCUGUCGGCCGUCACCUUCGGCAGCAGCGGCGCCUACGCGUGCGAGGUGUCCAUGCCCAGCGUGCCGGGCCUGAGCGUGAGCCGCCUCGUCCACGUCAGCGUGGAAGGGGAGCCGCGGGUGACGCUCUCAGACGUGCUGGUGGAGCCCGAGCGGCUCACCUUGGUGUGCACGGCCACGGGGAACCCCCUGCCCGAGAUCAAGUGGAGCGUGCCGCAGACGCCCGUGGAGGUUCGCGUGACGCCCUGGGAGCUGCGGAGCUCCGUGGUGCUGCCCCGCGGCGCCACGCAGCAGGCGAAGGCGACGUGCACGGCUCGCAACGCGCACGGCUCCGCCAAGGAGACGCUGCUCGGCCCCACGGUGCCGCCGCCCGUCAGCGAGAGCCCCCCUCCGUCUCCCCACGCCUCGGCCACCAACACGAGCAGCAAGACGGUGAUCAUCGCCAUCAUCAUCGCGCUGGGCAUCUUAUUCCUCAUCUGCGCCCUCAUCUUCUGCCUUUGCAAGAAGAAAAACCUCUGUUUCAAGAAUCGGUACAGCCCGACACGGAAACAAACGCAGAGCUCUGUGGGGUCGUCACCCGACACGUACAUGGCGCCGCCCGACCAGGACCUCAAGGCUUAAUCGCGACCUCUCCAGGGAUCGUCGCAGGGACGCCGCGGGUCGUCGCGGGCGUAACCAUCGCAAGAUCUGAAUCAAGUCGCUUUCUGGGAAAUCCUACUGUAUUAUACGCUUGUCAUCAUUGCUCAGCGAUCGCCUUUCCGUCUAAAAAAACAAAAUCUCUAUUCUAUAUCCUCCUACGACAGUUGUAAAUGAGAUCGGUGCGCCGAUGUGACAUGUACAGAUUAUACGACUGGCCAAGUGACGGGUGGUGGUGGUGGGGGGGGGUGGGAGAGGCGUCUCGCGCGUGCGGCGUCGGAGGCACCGCGGCUGCCGCUGGGGUCCCGCUCCGUGCGCUCGUGGGCCCCGGGUGGUCGCCGCGGAAGCGCUGGAGCACGAGCAGAGGGCUGGAGGGCGCGGACACGACCGACCCCACGCUCCUCCUCGGGGGGGGGCGGGGCCGCCGGACCGCGUCCCGGGCUCACGGGGUCAGCAGCGAUCGCCCGACACAUUUGGGCGGCUCGAGUUCAAACGCUCGGCUCGAUCGAGGCGCCGCAAGCAAAAGUCGCCACUGACCGGCGCGUUCCUUCACGUAACCCCCCCAACCCCCGCCCCCCGCCACGAAGCCUCCUCCUGCUUGGGGAAGAAUUUAUGACUACUUUUUAUAUAAACUUGGGAUGUUUUUUUGGUUUUGUAUUUAACGUACAUGGUCACCGUAACAUUAUUAUAAUUUUUUUUCUCGCAGGGUCUUUUUAUAUACGAGACGAGGUACGUUGGGGUGGCCGAUUGCUCUCGACGAGCGGAGGAAGCUCCCUCGUCGAGUCCUCGCCGCGCCGUUCUGCCCCCCCCCCACGACCGACCGCGCGGCAACGGCGGCCGGCCCUGCCAGGCCAGUGGCGUCUUUUGCUUCUCGCCACUGUCUUUAAAACAAACAAACAAGACAACAUACUCUGUGGUUCUUUCGGUAAAGUCGCGUAGGUAUAAAAUCAAAUAAAUCACGACGUUUCGGGCGCAACACAAGCAAUCAUCAUCAGGUGGACGCUUGUGUUGCGCACGAAACGUCGUGAUUUAUUUAAUUUAAUUUUUCUAACUACGUGACUUUAUCGAAAGAACCAAAGAGUAUGGAUUCCUGCAGUCACGAAAGCUUCCAAUCAAAACCAAACACCAAAAAAACCAACAAGAAUCAGUGUUGAGAAUGCCCGACGUAGACACUGCACAAUGACACCGUGCACGUGUGCUAUUUAUGAAGGCAGCUCCCCGUUGUGUUGUCGUUCGAACUUUCCACUCUGGCUUCAUCCGUGUUGUUUUUUGCAUCACCUGUGCAUUCACAAGUAAAUGAUUUAUCGCUCAAUACAAAUGGCCAUGGCAUUCACGUACAGCUUCGUGCCUGCAAGGUAAUGGUAUGGGGCCGUCCAUAAAUGACGUCACGCACCUGGGGGGGGGGUCAGACAUUUGUGACGA